CAGCGUCAGCUCCUGAUUGAUCAGACACAAAGACAAGCGACUGACAAGGUUGAAGCUGUUCUCCUGAAGUGUAACAUAUUUCCUCCAUUUGGAUCACUUUGGCUAUGAAGCUCCUCCGUGCUGUGAUCUUCUUCUUCUUAUCAGGUACAACUGGGUUUGUCAAAGCCAGCAUUUGGAUUGGACCUGAAGGAGGGAAUUUAUCACUUUAUAAUUACCUCACUGUGUCUGGAAACAUAAAGUUCUUCUGUAAAGAAAAAUGUGAGCAAGCAGAAAACAUUCUCAUUAAAACAGAUGGAACCACAGCUCAGAGCGGCAGAUUCAAGAUUGAAUACAAAAAUGCAUCUUCAGGAAGAGGAAGGCUGUCUUUCGCCAUCACACAUAUGACCAAGUCUGAUUCAGGAAGGUAUCGAUAUGGUUUGGGUAAAUCUUCAGCUCCAGAUUCAUACUCAGACAUUGAGGUCAGAGUUUCCAAUGAAUUUAAUAAAAGCUCUGGAAUCUUUCGUGCGCAGACUGAGGGAGAAGAAAUCUCAUUUCCAUGUGCCAAUGCUGUCCAUGGACAGAGGAAGUUCCUUUGUAAGAAUCCGUGUAAAAAAGGAAAUAUUUUCAUUGACACAACUAAUGACAAAGCUGAGAAUGGCAGGUACAGCAUCAAAUACACAAAAGGAUCUGCGUUUGGACUUCAAGCAACCAUCAGACAGCUGACCAAGUCUGACACGGGACAGUACUGGUGUGGUUACGGCGACCCUUUGUCUCCUGAUUCAUAUGACACUGAUGAUGUUUUUGUCGUAGAGGCUUCAAAACCUUCUGCCUCCACACCUUCAUCGAGUCAAACUGAAUCUGCGAGCAGGAGCUGGGAUCGAGCUUCAAACCCUCCUGACUCAAUACAACAGGCAACAACACAGAGUCACACUUUCACUCCAGGACUCUCCAAACCGUCAUCAGACUGUCCAGGCUUCUUCCUGCCUCUGGUUGUGUGUGUGUCCUUGGUUGGAGCUUUACUGUUGUGUGUUGGUCUGCUGCUCUACUACAUUAGUAAAUUGAAGAGGAAAGCUGUAUUAAACAUCAGAAACAAUGACUACACGAUCAUGAAAUUGUCUUCUGUCAAUGAUGAUUAGAUUCCUUCCUCUGCACAUGAAGACUCCAAAAGGACCAGGAACAGAACUAACCUGCAUUUAUAAAGAUGGACAUGUAAAAGUAAUGCUCACAUUGUGUAGCUUAAGAAGUUUAGUCAAAAUUAAAUUUUUCGUGAAAACCAAACAAAAAAUCUAAUUGAAGUGUGUGCAGCAUUUUUUGUUUGUCAGUCAGAGUCACCACACUAGUAAAAUGUCAACGUGAUGAUGGCAAAAAUGCCAUAAAAUCUGAAGGAUUCAGUACAUUACAAACCAGCGGCUGUUUACAUUGUUGGUAUGUUGAUCUUUUACAAAGAUCUGUGAGCACAUCAACAUAUCAUGGUUGAACUGCCUUUUGUACAUUUGUGAUAUUGACAAAUAAAGAAAAUAGUUGGAUUUUGA